AUGAGGCAGAUCACGUCGUCGUCUGAUGAAUACGGAGCUUCGUCUCAGUUAUCUUCCGGUGGAUACAGUGCUCCGUCCCAGCCCGGAGGUGGAGCUUCUAGUGGAUACGGCGCUUCGUCCAGCAGCGGAGGUGGAGCUUCUAGUGGAUACGGCGCUUCGUCCAGCAGCGGAGGUGGAGCUUCUAGUGGAUACGGCGCUUCGUCCAGCAGCGGAGAGAAGGGCAUGAUGUUGCUCCGCUUCUGCUGA